GGGUAGGGGGGCUCGUCAGGGGGAGCAAAUCGAUAAGUCCUUCGAAAGAUAGGGCUUCCCGGAGAAUUUGGUGUCUUUCUAUUUGGAAACAAAGGACCAUAAGUCUAAUUAGACACUUCGUCUUUAUUGUUCCACUAGCUAGGAUAAAAUUAUAAGAUGUCCCUUGCAUUAUUAAAACCUUCUUUUUUGAUGUCAAAGACCAGAAGCUACGCGAAAAUUUUCAUUGGAUCUCGGUUGUUCUUAACAGCGAUGGCUAUUCAUUUAAGUCUUCGGGUAGCACCACUAGACCUUCAACAAGGUGGAAAUUCUCGUAUUCCUUAUGUACACGUUCCUGCGGCUCGGAUGAGUAUUCUUGUUUAUAUCGCUACGGCUAUAAACACGUUCUUGUUCCUAUUAACAAAACAUCCCCUCUUUCUUCGCUCUUUCGGAACCGGUACAGAAAUGGGUGCUUUUUCUACGUUGUUUACCUUAGUUACUGGGGGGUUUCGGGGAAGACCUAUGUGGGGCACCUUUUGGGUGUGGGAUGCUCGUUUAACCUCUGUAUUAAUCUCGUUCCUUAUUUACAUGGGUGCACUGCGUUUUCAAAAGCUUCCUAUCGAACCGGCUCCUAUUUCAAUCCGUGCUGGACCGAUCGAUAUACCAAUAAUCAAGUCUUCAGUCAACUGGUGGAAUACAUCGCAUCAACCUGGGAGCAUUAGCCGAUAUGGUACAUCAAUACAUGUUCCUAUGCCCAUUCCAAUCUUGUCUAACUUUGCUAACUCCCCUUUCUCAACCCGUAUCUUGUUCGUUCUGGAAACACGUCUUCUUAUUCCAUCUUUUCUCGAAUCUCCUUUAACAGAAGAAAUAGAAGCUCAAGAAGGAAUACCAAAACCUAGUUCACUCGCUGAGUCUCUUUGCAUCCAUGGCUGA